CCGGGGCCUGGGGGGGGGAGGCUACGGGAAAACGAGGUAGAGAGGCGGAGCUUCUCUCGGAGCGUGCAUGCAAUGGAUGCAUGUGUGUGUGUGUGCUUCCUCGCUCACCCCUCCUCCUUUUUUCUCACCACCCCACCCCCACCUCUCCUCCUGCCCGCCCCUGAGUCUGGAGCAGCAGCAGCAGCAGCAGCAGCAGCAGCUAGUGGAGCUUUCACUGCCUCUCCUCGCCUCACAGUGCGGGAAUAUAGCAGCAGGAGAGCAGAGCAGAGCAGAGCAGGACGGAAUGGAUACGGAAGGGAGCCAGAUCAGCCUCCAGUCCUCCGGCGGCACGGUGGUGGACAACUCCCCCCACGACCCCUGCAAAAUGUUCAUCGGGGGUCUGAGUUGGCAGACAACACAAGAGGGCUUGAAGGAGUACUUCUGUAAAUUCGGAGAGGUGAAGGAGUGUAUGGUGAUGAGGGAUCCCGUUACCAAGCGGUCGAGGGGGUUUGGGUUUGUAACAUACGCAGAACAAGCAGGAGUGGAGAAGGUUUUGGCGCAAAACAGACACGAGCUGGAUUCAAAAACGAUCGACCCGAAGGUGGCGUUCCCCCGCCGGGCUCAGCCAAAGCUGGUGACCAGGACAAAGAAGAUCUUUGUCGGAGGACUGUCGGUCAAUACCACCAUCGAAGAUGUGAAGCAUUACUUCGACCAGUUUGGAAAGGUCGAUGAUGCCAUGCUUAUGUUUGACAAAACAACCAACAGACACAGAGGCUUUGGAUUCGUCACCUUUGAGAAUGAAGACGUGGUGGAGAAAGUGUGUGAGAUCCACUUCCACGAGAUCAACAACAAAAUGGUGGAGUGUAAGAAAGCCCAGCCCAAGGAGGUGAUGACGCCGACGGGCUCAGCCAGAGGCCGCUCCAGAGUGAUGCCCUAUGGGAUGGACGCCUUUAUGCUGGGCAUCGGCAUGCUGGGCUACCCAGGUUUCCAGACUACUACCUACACCAGCCGCAGUUACUCUGGAAUUGCUCCUGGUUACACUUAUCAAUUCCCAGAAUUCCACUUAGAGAGGACCCCCCUCCUGACAUCAUCCAACCCUCAUGAGCUGGCAGCCAUUCCCCUGACUGCAUAUGGACCAAUGGCAGCUGCAGCAGCUGCUGCAGUAGUUAGAGGCUCCACCCCUUCACGCACAGCUGGUUUCCUGGGCACCAGCAGCCCCGGACCAAUGGCUGACCUGUACGCUGCAGCCAACCAGGACUCAGGAGUCAGCAGCUACAUGAGCGCCGCUAGCCCCUCCCCCAGCACAGGGUUUGGCCACGGUCUAGGGAAAAUGUAUCCCGUCUUGUCUGCGUAUCCCCAGGGUCCUCUGAUUGCUACUGCGUUCACUAAUGGCUACCACUGAGAAGACUCAGGUCACUGAAGAUGGGAGGGCCUCUCUUCUGCUGAUGAGCCAAUCAAAAUGCUGGCUGCCCUCUGAUGGCACAACCUGAUUGGCCGGACACGGGCUUUACCAGGCUCUCCUGGCCCCCUGUGGCUCCACCCACCGACUGAAUAUCUUUUUAAAAUCCUGAACUCUGUUUUGCUGUACUAAUCUCACUUCAACAUAACGUCCCCCGUCUCUCCUCUUUUGUCCUCAUGUAGUGUAAUAACUAGCCCCCCCACACCGCCCACCCCACUCCUCCUCCGUUUUCCAUUAUUUUCUUUUGAAGAUGAGAAAAGAAAACUGCAAAAAAAAAAAAAAAAAUCUCUGAGGAAACGUUUGUCAUCUUUGACAAAGUAACAGAGGACUAUUUUGAGUUUUUUAUUAUUAUUUUAUUUCAAUGUGAUACGUCGUUUCAUCAUGAAAUUCUUCAAAGCCGUUACUGAUGUGAACAGAGAGAGAAAACGCCGUGCGAGAUGGGUCUCCGUCUGAAAACCAUUUUUAACAAAGGAAGAACAAAAGUCCUCUUUUUAACUCGAGCAUCACGGAAACAUGAAAAAAAAUGUAUAUUUUGGUAGUCUUUAAAAACAAAACCUUUGUAAUAUUGUUAUUAAUAUUGACAUAAUAAUGAUAAUCUGUAAGGUAUUUUAUUCUGUAAUUGGUUUUAAAGCAAUGUUUUUAUGUCUUCCUGUAAGAUAUUGUACAUAGACGUUGGGAUGAGGGAGGGGUGGAGGGGUUACUGAACCGGCUCGCAUGUCAUUGGUUGGUUUGGGAAGGGUUAGCAGCUGUUUGAUUGGCUGUCAUCUACUACUACGUGUGGUCAUCUCACUACUUUUAUUAGUAUGCAUAUGGUAUGUAUGUGUACAUUGUUGGCCAGUUAGCUCCAGUGACGCUUCAGCGUAGCGCUGUCGAGAAACAAAACUUCCAGGAGCUUGUCUGGCACAUUCGUUACAGUUAAAUAACAGUUUAUGUCACAAUCUCAUCACUUUGACUUAAUUUGAACACCACGAUAAACCAGAUUUCUUGCAUCUUCAUGAAAACUACUUCAGAUUUAAAGAUGACGAACUACGUAAGCAUCACAACCUUGAACAGGAGAAAUCAGGGGUUCACGGGGUCGGGGGUUUGACUUGACUUCCUCUUUUUUGAAAAUAUUAUAUAUAUAUUUUUGCGCGAUUCACUUCUUAAUGUUUUUAUUGUUUUUAUUGUUUUUCUUUUUGUUUUUUUUUAUUCUUUUAUGCGGUGUUCACCACCGUGAAAACAAAUGAAGGACAUUCUCAGAGAAGCAAUUGUAGAAAAACAUCACAAUCAUGUUCUGUCCUCUUAUCGCUGUUGAAGGUGCAUGUGAUUGCGUCUGAGUGUGUGUGAGUGAGUGUUUGUGCGCAUACAUCAAGGUGUAAUAUGGAACUACUUUUGGCGACGAAGGAGCAUUUCGAUUGCCAAUUUUUUUUGGUACUGAAAAAAAAAAAAAGAUCACCCUGUUCCAUUGUGGCUCAUCUGCUCCUCUCCCCCUCGACCUCCCUCCCAUUUCAUAUUUAGGUUUAAUAAAUUUGUGCUCCUCUGGAACCGACAUAUUGUUUAUACACAGUUGCUGCUCCGUGUAGUGGUGAACAGAGGGGGUUUGGGCAGGGAACCAGAAAUGGAACAGGGUCUCGCUCCCGGUCGGCUCUGAUACAGGACCUCAGUACGGACGACACUGGCUGGCAGGAAAAGUUAAAAAAAAAAGUUGGAACAAAUUCAACGUUUGCAAAAACAAGCAGGCUGUUUGUUCAGCCUUCUUGCUGCAGACUGUUUGAUGUUCAGCACAGCAGAAAACUUCCUGAUCCAGCCGGUAGUUCCUCUGUCAGACCGCCUGGGACACGACAUAAAACUACUGCUGGACACCAACACUGUAACUUUUUAACUUACAAUAAAGCAAUAAGUUAUUUUUUACCUUACAAAUGAAAAUAGUACUAUUAUUGGUAAUAGCAGACGACGUGUGGAUAAUUCUGCGGCAUUAAGACUUAUUUUCAGAAAAAAAAAAAGAAACUAUAUUUUUCUGUUUUGAGAUCUUGUUCCCCUUGUAUAUUGAUUUUAACGAUGUCUUUUGUUGUGUUGAUGUAAGGAAAAGGGCCAAUGCUUUGAAUGGAGCUCGUGGCUCUACAUGAGCUCAGUUAAAGUUUAAGAUAUGGGCUGUCCCCUGCCAAGCUUUACAACAAUGCUUUUCUUUUUUUCCCUUGUUUUAUUUUUCUGAUAAUUUCAAUUUUAAAAACCUAAUAAAUUAUUCUAAAGCGUU